CUCGAGUACAUCUGGAAGGCACUUUAGAAUUUGGAUUAAAUAUCACAUGUAUUCAUUUUCUUUAUUAAAAAAAUUUGAAGAAAAUGAUCUGCUUAACUGACACGCAGAGGAUUGGAGUGGGUCUUAUAGGAUUUGGAGUGUUUUUCCUUCUGAUGGGCAUCCUCUUAUAUUUUGACAGAGUGCUCCUUGGAUUUGGAAAUAUCCUCUUCGUGUCUGGCCUUCCCUUCAUCAUUGGGCUGCAGAACACGUUCCAGUUCUUCGUCCAAAGGCAGAAGCUGAAAGGUUCCAGUUUCUUCCUGGCUGGGAUUCUGCUGGUGCUGCUCAGGUGGCCCAUGCUUGGCAUGCUGUGUGAAAGCUACGGAUGUUUUCUACUUUUCAAGGGCACGCUCCCAGUUGUUUCGGAAUUACUCUCCAAGAUUCCAGUCCUGGGAUUAAUCUUUACGUUCCCUGGACUCAGCAUGGUGUUGAAGCGACUUAGAGAGGGAGGCUCUUUGGUGUGAAGACAAGCCAAUGAACUAAGGACAACUGAAGAAGUCAUCUGAUUAAACCAGCCAUAAACAGAGCCUCACUGGACUGUAUUCAGAUAGUGCCAUACUAUAUUAUACUGGGAAUUACUCCUGCUCAAAGUUUCAGGAAAGCUGUUAAUUCCAAUGGACUAGUUAGCAGUCUUUUCUUCAUUCUUGUUCAUCGGAGUUUGUUGACCAACUUGGUUACUGAAUCCACCAAUGCUUCAUCUACAUCAUUAAAUCCUUCCACGACAUCAACAUUCCCCAUUCCUGUUCUAAUUCAGUCUUACAACUUUUUGAAAUCCAUGUUCUCCUGUAUUUCUGGUCUCCUGUCCAUUGUUGAUCUUCUCCACCGCACUAGUACCUGCACCUUCAGUCUUGAGCUCUGGAGUUCCAUUCCUAAAACUCUUCACCUUAUGAUCCUCUCUUCCCUUUGAACAGGGUCCUUAAAGCCAAUUCUUCAACCAAACUUUUAGCUACCAGUCCAAAUAUUUCCUCAUGAGGGCUUGGCUAAACGUAUUGUGAAGAUUUGCUAUGCUGAAAUGCCAUGAGGAUACACAUUUUUUGCUCUCUGAAGAGAAACUUUACUAUUGGUCUUUCCGGUACUGUCUCUCCUGUUUCCUUUCCCCAAAUAUUCCCCACUGUCUUUGCAUUCUUCACCAUUAGCCUCUCCACCAUCUUAGGCCUUCUGGAAUGGCUCAGACACAAAGACAUUGGACAAAAAAAACCAAAGAACUGAAGAUGCUGGAAAUCAGUAACAGAAACAGAAAUUGCUGGAAAAG